CCUGCAUUCCUGUUAUAGGCUAUGCAUUUUGAAUUUGUGUAACUGUAGAUGUUUUAUUGUGUAGUGAUCUUUCCUGAGUUCAGCCUUCCUAUGUAUUGUGCUAUGUGGUUGUAUUCUGCUUAUAUUUUUCCAGUUCUCCCUGAUGCCUGCCCUUGCAGUUUCAUAAUUAAGCACUCCGUGUGCAUUUCUGAAUAUCCCUUGUUAAUAUAUAAUUGUAUCAGCCUAAUGAAAUCUGUAGAGGGAUACAUAGUACAAAUUUAGAUACACAACAAUAGCUAUACCUAGGAUUGCCUAUUGCGGUGCUUAAUGUGGGUAAGUUGUUGUAUGAAAAGCUAUACUAUCGAUAUUUGUAUUGUUGUAUGACCUACUCCGUACAUGGUGAGAUUUUAUUGUUUAUGCUACGUGCAUGUAUAAAAUAGAAAAACUUGAAAUUUCAUGGUUAAUAUUUUCUUAAUGCUCUUAUUAAGGCGCAUGGCUCAUUAAAUGGUUGCCAGCUCAUGUUGUGCAGCUAGGUAUCAAGUCCUUGUAAUUCCGCACUUUUGCUUGAAAUCUAAGACCAACAGUGUUCCUUUCACAAGUACUUGUUAUCUCACCAGGGUGUCCACUUCCUAUUGCAAAUUUUGGCCUACUUCGCUGUGGUGGCAACGCUCCGGUGACCCUAGACAUGGCAGCAUGGGGAAGGGCCAGAUCUGGAUGAACGGACACAACUCAGGGCGGUGGUCGUAUAGGGCGUCCGCCAGCUGCAACUACACUGGCACAUACAGAGAGACCAAGUGCCAAACUGAUUGCGACGACAUCUCCCAGCAAUGGUACUAUGAUGGUGGCUGGCUGAAGCUCAGCGGGAAUCUGCUCGUAGUGCCCGAAGAGUUCAGCGGCCACCUGUCGGGUAUUUUCUUCGAAAUGGGGGUGUCAGACUGAUGAGGAGGCACAUGAGAAACGAAGGAGAUAAACCCAACUCUGUGAAUAGUUUGUAGGGAAGUGGAGAAGGUUGUGGACAUAAAGACAUGAAGAUAUGUCAGUUCAUCAUACAUUACUGGUUUUGUAAGUUGUUAAACCCUGCAAAUACAAUGCUCAAGCAUUGUGAUUGGAGUGCACUUGACCGGCAAGGAGGCGCUUGUUAGACCUAUCAUGUACAUGCUCGGACCUACUGCCAGGAUGGUCGAUUAUCUGUUUUUCACUAGGAUGGUCGACUAGGAUGUCCACUACCACGACAUGUUGCUAUUUCAUAUUUGCUGAUCUUUUAUUUAUA